AUGAAACGGAAAUCUUUUAUAACGGAGGGCAAGAACGUGUUGAAUUACAAUGUUCGUUUUGUGCAGUGAGAAACAAACCCACAGUCUAAACCAAGGAGCUACCAGCAUUGUCUGACAUCACUGAACAUUUUCAAAAGCAAUUUAUAAUAUCGAAAAUGUGAUUUGGAGUCCUUCUGCCUGUUAAAAGGAACAUACGGGGUUUCUUCAAUAGACAUACCGAAAAAGGAUCAGCAUUUUUUUUUGUUCCAAUCGCUGCACACUUUUGGAAUUAAGCUGCAUUAAGCAAACAGAUUGAAGUCCAAAGCACAGCUCGUUCGGGAUGGCUAAUGCAAGUGACAGAGGGGGGUCAGUGUACGUUUCGCCGAUGGCCGUGGGACCGACAUUGAAAGAGCUAGCGGACAUCUCAAUCGAGCUCAACCUCGGGUUGGAAGCGGACGAUGCCUUACUCGAAGAAUACCAGUCCAUCCUCAAUGACUCUGUCAAGUCGAUGAACCAACUCAAUGACCUAGCCGAACCCAGUCUACCGGUGAAGUACCCGCGAACUCAAGGAUAUCGACCCAGGAAGGAAGAUAACCCACAUAAUGCAUGGUGUUACAGGUGCAAUAUCAAAGGAACCGAUGAAGGGAAGCUAUCAGGAAAGCGUAUCGCGAUCAAGGAUUCUAUUGCUAUAGCAGGAAUUCCCAUGACGGUUGGAUUCAAUGGUCUUGAGGGUUUUGUUCCAGAUUUUGACGCUACCGUAGUCACGUGGGUAUUGGAUGAAGGAGGGACCAUACUUGGAAAAUCAACAUGUGAGGAAUUAUGCUGUUCAGCGAACAGCCAUACAAGUGGAACAGGCCUCGUUACCAACCCUAUUAAACCAGGUCAUUGCGCCGGUGGAUCUAGCUCAGGAUCGGCAGUGUUAGUUGCAAUUAAUGAAGUAGAUAUGGCGAUCGGGGGUGACCAAGGUGGAUCGGUUCGGAUACCUUGUAGCUGGUGUGGAUUGGUCGGUCUCAAACCGACUUAUGGCUUAGUACCCUACACAGGUGCAGUAUCCGGGGAGUUUGUCUUCGAUCACCUGGGACCCAUGGCUAAGACGGUGAAAGACUGUGCUCUUCUUUUGGAGGUAAUAUCUGGAUAUGAUAAUGGGAACGAUGCUAGACAACCACGUGAUCUGAAGAUACAAUCUUAUUCUUUAAAGCUGGAGGAUAUAGAUCUUGCAUCGAUCCGAAUAGCCGUCUUAAAAGAAGGUUUUGAUCAUCCCGUAUCCGAUCCGGAAGUUGACAACCUAAUUCAUGAAACCAUCAGUGGAUUUGCAUCAUCAGCUGAAGCCCAUGUUCAAGAAGUUUCGAUUCCUUUGCACAAAUCAAGUACGUCCUUUGGCAGUGUGAUUGGACGCAUUGGUGAGGUGGACACAGUCUUAAACACUGCUGGUUCUGGACUAAGCCACACCGGAUACUAUCCGUCAAAUAUGAUGAGGGAUGUUGGAGCCCGACUCAAAAAGAACGCAAAAGACCUUCAUCCUUAUAACAAGGCACAGCUGCUGCAUGGUGCAUUUUUAAAAAAGAAAUACUGCUAUAUGUACGGCAAGGCUCAGAAUCUGAUGAGACAGCUUGAAUGGGAUUUUGACCAUGUCUUGGCAGAAUACGACGUGGUUGCCAUGCCAACAGUUCCCUUCACAGCUCCACCAAUGGUGAAAAGUGAUGCGUCAAUCAAAGAAAUAGUCAGAAUUGGCUCCAACAUUGGAGGAAACCUUAAAUCUGGGAAUUUGACUGGUCAUCCGUCUAUCACCAUCAACGCAGGGACAGUCGGGGGACUACCGGUCGGGCUUCUGCUGACUGGAAAGAAAUUUGACGAACUUAGACUCUUGCAAAUAGCACACGCCUUUGAGAAGUGUAUCAAUGGUACCACCAAGUAGCGUUUAUAUCCAUCCUGUUCAUGGAUACAAUGCUUAGAAUGUCCCAUUUUUUUUAGGUCUAAUUCGUAGCCAAGUCUUUAAAUUGAACUCGCGCUUCGAGCUCGUUUUCAUUGUUCUUUAUUAAAAAGAAAUUAAUAACUUUAACUAUUCACGUUCAUAUCUGGAUACCAGAAGACAAUGUUCAGCUCGGGCUUCGCACCGGCGUCACUUGUUUAGUUUGAUAACUAUCCUGUCCAUGAUCACAAAACCUGAUUAAAUUGUAUAGUUUUCUACAGAUCGGAAUAACAAACAUUUCCACCAAGUGCUUUGCAAUCGCAUUAUUUGAUGGUGAGAUAUGAAUCCUUAUUUUCUUAUUGGGUCUCUUUCCAAAUCAGAAUAUUAUUCAUCUUGCGCUUCGCGCUUGCAUUAUUUUAGGGGUUAGAUACGUAUCAUAGUAAUACACACAAAUAAUGCUCAGAAAGUUCAGGUUUUAGUUCUAAAUGCAUGAAAUACCAAAGAUGGUGUUUAUUUAUGACUACCCCCCUCAAAAAAAAUACAACAGCAAUCUGCUUUCAGCGACUGAUCGGGGAAAAUUUGGACGAAAAUAUCCCCCUUCGGUGAAAGCUGGACCACCCCCUGCAAAGUAUUCACAGUCUAUGUAUGGAGAAAGAUGGAGAGAAGUCUAACGAAUUACUUUUAUUUCAAAAAAAGUGGUUCCUUCGCAUGUCUGUGCUGGGGACGUACCACCGAGCAUUUUUGUUUGUAAUUGUAAUCCAAUGUAAAGUAUUUCAUACAAACUUUGGGAUAGUUUGAUAGUUUGAUACGAAGCUUUCCAAAUACAUGUAUCUUCUAUAAUUUGAUAUUUAAUGGGAGGCUUAUUGAAUCAUUAAUGGUUUGUAACGGUAGGCUUACUAAGAUAGCCCUGGCCUUUCCAUUUUCAAAAAAGGAGAUUAACUUAUUUUACUUAAUAGCCACAAUACUUCCCCCCCCCCUACAUUUCAGGCUUUUUACCUUGCAUUCUUUAGGUUUUAGGUGGUGCAUAUAAAUACUUUUGUAAUUUUUUUUCAUAUAAUUUGUAUUUGCUUUUUUUAUGGCAGCACCAAUAAGGCUCUUCUGCAUUAGCUAUCUCCUCCUUCAUGAUAUAUAUGUAUGUUUGAAUGUGUCUUUAUAUCAACAUGUUUGUAAAUGUAUUUUUAAUCUAUGAUUUGAAUAUAAAUGAAUGAAAUUGAUAAUACCUUUAAGUGCAUUCAACUUGACGAUAAGAUAGCUAUUCCACCAAGUGCUUUGCAAUCGCAUUAUUUGAUGGUGAGAUAUGAAUCCUUAUUUUCUUAUUGGGUCUCUUUCCAAAUCAGAAUAUUAUUCAUCUUGCGCUUCGCGCUUGCAUUAUUUUAGGGGUUAGAUACGUAUCAUAGUAAUACACACAAAUAAUGCUCAGAAAGUUCAGGUUUUAGUUCUAAAUGCAUGAAAUACCAAAGAUGGUGUUUAUUUAUGACUACCCCCCUCAAAAAAAAAAAUACAACAGCAAUCUGCUUUCAGCGACUGAUCGGGGAAAAUUUGGACGAAAAUAUCCCCCUUCGGUGAAAGCUGGACCACCCCCUGCAAAGUGUUCACAGUCUAUGUAUGGAGAAAGAUGGAGAGAAGUCUAACGAAUUACUUUUAUUUCAAAAAAGUGGUUCCUUCGCAUGUCUGUGCUGGGGACGUACCACCGAGCAUUUUUGUUUGUAAUUGUAAUCCAAUGUAAAGUAUUUCAUACAAACUUUGGGAUAGUUUGAUAGUUUGAUACGAAGCUUUCCAAAUACAUGUAUCUUCUAUAAUUUGAUAUUUAAUGGGAGGCUUAUUGAAUCAUUAAUGGUUUGUAACGGUAGGCUUGCUAAGAUAGCCCUGGCCUUUCCAUUUUCAAAAAAGGAGAUUAACUAAUUUUACUUAAUAGCCACAAUACCUUUCCCCCUACAUUUCAGGCUUUUUACCUUGCAUUCUUUAGGUUUUAGGUGGUGCAUAUAAAUACUUUUGUAAAAUUUUUUCCAUAUAAUUUGUAUUUGCUUUUUUAUGGCAGCACCAAUAAGGCUCUUCUGCAUUUUAAGCUAUCUCCUCCUUCAUGAUAUAUAUGUGUGUUUGAAUGUGUCUUUAUAUCAACAUGUUUGUAAAUGUAUUUUUAAUCUAUGAUUUGAAUAUAAAUGAAUGAAAUUGAUAAUACCUUUAAGUGCAU